AUGCCGCCUCCGACCUACCCCAAGUAUGAGGGGGGCACUCCCUCUGCCGACCACUUGUGUGUGCUUGUUCACGGGCUAUGGGGCAACCCUGAUCACAUGAGAAAUGUCGCCAAGAGCCUGCGCAACUUGUAUCCCGCGAGUGAGCUGCGUUUGUUGUUUGCAAAGCGCAACAUUGGAAGUUUCACUUAUGAUGGCAUUGAGCGCGGUGGUGAGCGCAUCUGCUCUGAGAUCGAGGAAGAGCUACGCGCUGUUGAGGAGAGUGGUGGCAAGAUUACCAAGAUUAGCAUCAUUGGAUACUCACUUGGCGGCUUAGUUUGUCGCUAUGCUGUAGGCUUGCUCUAUGCGAAAGGUAUCUUGGACAAGCUGGAAUGCAUGAACUUCACCACAUUUGCCUCACCACAUCUUGGAGUGAGAACACCACUCAAAGGCUGGCAUAAUCACGUCUGGAACGUCAUGGGCGCCCGCACCUUGUCCAUGUCCGGACGACAACUAUUCACCAUUGAUGACUUUCGAGACACUGGUCGCCCGCUGCUCUCUGUCCUGGCUGAACCUUCCUCCAUCUUCAUGCAAGGUCUCCGCAAAUUCAAGCGUCAUACACUGUACACCAACAUUAUCAACGAUAGAAGCGCUGUGCACUACACCACUGGCAUCACAAAAACUGACCCGUACCGCCAAAUAGACACCGUCAAGGUAAACUACCUCAAGGGCUACAACGGCGUCAUCCUCGAUCCCAUCAACCCCGUUCAGCCGUCCCCCAAGCUGCGUGGCCCAGCCACCAUUUCGUCCGUAACCGGCUCCGUUAUCAACUGGAUCAAGCGAAUCCCAUUCAUGGUCACCGUCGCCGUGUUCGUCCCUAUCGGUGUCCUGGCCUACCUCUGCAACUCCGUCAUCCAAAACAUCCGCAGUUCAAAAAGAAUCCGCCUGUAUGAGCAAGGCCAAGCGGGUGUUAGCAUCGACGGCUACCGUGUCCCUGUCUUCAUCAAGGAACUUCGCGAAGAAGUCGAAAACACAUACGAGGCACUCAACAGCUCCCAAAACCAAGAGUACCUAGCUACCGAGGAUGAGGAUGAUGCCGAUGCCAUGAGCGCGGAGGAUAGAAAUCUGAUACAACGCGAGAGGAGGCUCUCUACGCCAGCGCAGCCAACUCUAGCUUUGACACCGCAUCAGUUCGAGAUGAUUCGAUCAUUGGACACCUUGAAAUGGAGAAAGUAUCCCGUUUGGAUUCAUAAUCAUCGGCAUAGCCAUGCGGCUAUUAUUGUGCGCUUGGAGAAGAAGGCGUUUGAUGAGGGUUGGGUUGUUCUGAAGCACUUUGCUGAGGAGGAGUUUUUGGUGUAG